AUGUCUUCAGGUCAUAAUGAUCCCAAAUUGCUCUACGCAAUCAACGGCAUAAACGCUUACCAUAUUGAAAAUGGCAAAGAGGAAUCACUCACUCCAGCGGGCUCCCAAACCUUAUCCCUUUUGAUGGUGCCAACAUCCUCGCCAUUUUCCGGCCUUUCUUCCGCAGAUCCUUCGUCGUCAAGCCCCGAAGAAGACUUUUACCUUCACCUCCAUCUUCCUCCAGCUCUAGAUUUACCACUACCUGCGACUACACAAAUAUAUCAUCAACCACCAAGCAGCUACCUUAUACCACGAUGGGAUCUAGGUCCAGACAGCGGAGCCUUCACAAGGAUAGAGUUUCCAGGAAUUGCAAAUGGAGGUUCGCAGGAAGAUGUCGAUACAUUUGAAACGAUCCUAGCGCAAUGUACUGCAUUCUUGGAACGUUCGGCUCCACCGCGAAACUCCAGGGCAUCCAAAUCGAAAGGGGAGAAGGAGAAGGAGAGAAAUAGAGAUACAGCCAUUCCGGCAUAUGAUCCUGGAAAUUUCAAACCUGGAGAGGCUUAUGUUCCUGGAAGCUCUCAAUCGGUCGCUGGUGGUGGUCAAAUUGUUUUGGUUGAUGAGGAAAAUGGAAGUGUUUUGGGGGAACUUGGUGAAGGUUUCCAUGUUGUCGAGGAUAGUAAAAUGAGACCAGGAUCAAAAGAUCCAGUAGAAAUCACCCUUCCACAAGAUGGUUCCCAAAAUAUUGGUGUUGCACCAGCAUCUCAAGAAUACCUAGAAAUGGCCAUGCACCCAGCCUACAAAAACUCUACACUCGUCUCCAAAGCAGCCAUGGCAUCUCGUCUCGUUGUUACGACCGCAGGCUAUGUCUCCAAGACCAUGCAAUCAGGAGCAGACUCAUUCACCCAAAAGACAAAACCAAACGCCAAACCCAUGACCUUUACACCCUCCGCUCACGCACGUAUUCGUAAAGUCCACACUUUCACCGAAGGUGCAGCUGGAUUAUCCGCCAAAACUGUCGGACAAGUUGGAAAAUAUGCACAGAACCUAGGUGCAACUCUUUCGAAGAGAGGCAACGGAAAGGCUCAUAAGGGUAUCGGUCCGGAUGGUCAAGCGGUUGAGGCAUACAAACCAGGACUUCUGAACAAAAGUCUCAUGGCGUUCUCCACCAUCGCAGACGGUAUCGAUCAAGCAGGCCGCAACCUUCUCAAUUCUACAUCCACCGCCGCAACCACAGUAGUCGGCCACCGAUACGGCGCCGAAGCCGGCGAAGUCUCCAAGAGCGUCGGCGGGGGCUUCAAAAACGUCGGACUCGUCUAUAUCGACGCCACAGGUGUCUCCCGCAAAGCCAUCGUCAAAUCCGUCGCCAAAGGCAUGGUCGUUGGUAAAGUCCGCGGCGGUGGUGAUCUCAUUGUUGGUGGUGGUGAUGGCGGACAAAUCUCACCUCAAGUCUCGAGAACCGGGUCGCCGGGCCCUGAGAAUUGGAAACAAAAGGAAUCGGCGCAGUCGAGGUUGGCGAAUGAUCAGUUGAGCAUGUCCGGGGGAAGGGAUAGUCCGGAUGUGGUCGGGUAUGGGAGACAGGCGCCGCCUAGUUAUACUAGUGGGCCUGGGGAGAGUCUGGAGGGUCAGUUUGUGCCGGAUCGGAAGAGGAGGGAUGGGUUGUAG